UUAAUGUUUUUUGAAAAUUGUGUUCAUAAAUCAAAAUUUUUUUUUUAAUUUUUUUAGUUUAAUUUAACAUGACGUUUAAUACAAUUGUGAAUUAUUUGAAUAUUUUUACAAGUGAAGAUUCAUUUAAUUAAAUGAAGCUAGUACCAAAAAGUUAUAUCAAGCUAAUGCAAAAGUGGAUAUUAAAUCACAUUUUUUUGUGAUUGCUCUAUUCACCUGAAGUAUUGCAUGUGGCCGUAGAUUGCAUGUGGCCUUACUCCCUGGAGAUGUGUAAUUGUUUUGGUGAAAAAGAAAAAAGUGAUGAAGAUUAUGGUCUGUACGACCAGCAUAGUGACGAAGAAUGGGAUGAUCUGGAGGAAUCGCAUGAGUCACAAACAAAUCCUAGUGAUGAUUCAAUAGUUCCCCCAGACGAAACACAGCCAAAUGAUAUACAAAUCGUUAUCACUGAGUCGCCAAUUAUUUCCACAAAAAAAGAAAAAAAUAAUCAAUUAAAGUCAAUGUUAAAAAGAAUCAAAGCGCCUUUAAAAAGUGUGCGUUUUCAUUCUGAAAGAACAUCGUUAGUAAAAAAUUCAUUAGACACAUUAUAUGCAUCUACAGGGUCGACUCUUCAUCGAACUCUUUCAACAGAUAGCUUUGCUUCUGGAGUUUCGUCAGUUACUACAAACUUUGAGGAAUUUGGCGAAGAGCUAUCUCCGUGCCGUGUUCAAGUAUUUAUUCAAUAUGAUCCAAAAGAAUGGGUUCUGGUUGUUGGGGCAAAACAAGCUCAAUGUUUUAUAUCUACUAACAAGGAUAAAAUGUAUUGGCAAGUGCACAUGACACUUUUACCUUUUAAAAAAGAUAGACAUAAGUCUAGGUAUAAAUCAACAUCUACGCCUAUAUUUAACGAAAGUUUCCAAAUUCAUAAAAUAUCUAGUAAUUCAUUAAAUCAGAUUUCUGUUCGAUAUCGUAUUUACGGUCGUGUUGGUCGUACUGGACGAAAAAAAUUAGCUGGCGAGACAGAUGUAGAGUUGUCUAUGUUAACCCGUAUGAAAGAUAAUAUGUUAAAAGACUGGCGUGUAUUAAAAAGGAAAACAGUUCCUCUAAACAAGCGAGAAUCAAAUGUUUGAAAAUUUUUUAUAUUAUUUAUUUUAUAAACAUAAUUUAUAUUAUUU